AUGGAGGUUUCUGGAAGCGAACCAUUUGGGGCCGCGAACUGGACGGUGUGCGUGCUUCUUCUUCUGUGUCUGUCCUUAUUGGGCUCUUCAGCUCUCUCAGAGGUAAGAGGCACCAGCACGAUCAGCGAUUACCUCUUUGGAGGCCGACAGAUGUCUCCACUCCCAGUUGCGCUCUCACUCAUCGUUCUUAAUGUUCCUAUUUUGUAUCGUCUAGACAUUCUGUCUGUCAAUGAGUACAUCACUCUAAGGUUUGGAUCACCAGGACUUAGGAAGCUGUCGUCUGUUUCUCUCAUCAUUGACAACAUCAUCUACAACGGAAUCUGUCUCUACGCUCCUUCGCUCACCCUGUCCACAGUGACGGGACUGUCGAGUUAUUACUCCAUCACUAUAAUGGGGAUCAUCUGCUCCGCCUAUAUCUCCGUCGGGGGAGUCAAAGCCAUAGUGUACACGGACGUCAUGCAGACUCUUUUCAUGUUCGUCGUCGUAUCGGCUGUGACCAUCUGCGUGAUGGAUCUGGACGGCCUGGCCAACGUCUUCGACACAGCUAGCGCUGGAGGAAGGAUCGAGUUUUUCAACUUCGACCCAAGUCUUUACGUACGAUACACGUUCUGGUCCGUUCAGUUUCAAGGUCUGCACAACAUGAUAUCAUGGUUAGGAGUGAGCCAGAUGGGGUACAUGCGCUUUGCGUCUGUGCCAUCUCUUGUGGCAGCCAAAAGACUGUGUUCCUACUACUUCGUGGGGCUGAGCGCCCUGUGGCUGACCUUCUUCUUCUCGGGCAUCGUGGCCUACGCGACCUACAGCGGCUGCGACCCUCUCACCUCCGGCAGGAUAGACGAGCCGGACCAGAUUCUCCCCUACUUGGUCGUGAGGAAGGUCUCUCGAUUUCCCGGCAUGGCCGGACUCUUCGCUGCCGCCGUCUACAGUGGCAUGCUCAGUUCCGUGUCAAGUUACGCGAAUUCCACAGCAUCUAUGAUCUGGCAGGAUGUGUUGAGUGGCAUGAGCUUCUUCAAGGGGUAUUCGGACGAGGCGGCCACCAGGAUGCUGAAGAUCAUCUCUGCUGUGAUAGGAGUGUCAGCCAUCGGCUUCGCGAUGCUUGUGAAGCAUCUAGGAAGCAUUGUCACGGUCACGAGCAGCUUCUCCAAUGCCAUCAGUUCGGCUAAGCUGGGAAUAUUCAUUGCCGGAAUGUUCGCUCCGUGGGUCAGUGCCAAGGGAGCAUACGCAGGGUUCCUCACAGCUUUUGCCUUCAACAUGUGGCUCAUGAUUGGUCAGUUUAUCAAUGGCCAAGGACAAUCAGAGAAGCUUCCCUUGACUACCGAAGGCUGCCCAGAAAAUCUGCAACGGCUAAAUUCGACGGCAGUACUCUUGCCUGAUGACGCAACAGACAAUCGGACAUUUUCACCUCAAAUGUUUGAAUAUGAGCCAUACGAAGAGCAGAUGGAGAAAAGCAUCUAUGAUUUGAGUUACUGCUAUACAGGAUUCAUUGGAGUCACUGUAUGCUACAUAGUGGCCUCCCUCACAUCUCUCCUGACAGGUCCUUUGGAACCCACCGCCGUCGACGCUCAGCUGAUUGAUCCCAGGUCUUUGAAACUGUACAAACGCCUCUGGGGUUUCUUCAGUAAAAGCGUCCAAAGCGAUCAUUUCGACUUCACUGACAAGAAGGUCGACAGUGGACCCUCAACUACUUCAAGUACUCCUCUGUAGCGUUCUUCAACUGAUGCAGGAAUGGAACUGUUGCGUCUGGAAAGCUUUUCUCUCUGAUGUAACCAUUCCAACAAAGCCACGGACUUUGUAACGGACAAAUGCUCAUACAGCAAGCAAGAGGAUGAAGUUGUAACUCAGUCAGUGAGUUAUCAGGCAUGCCUGCCUCGCGCGUGAAUAUAUUAAUUAUAGAUCACCCACUCACUCCUUUGGCUCUCGGGCCUCUUUGUGACCCAUAUCCGCUUGCACCAGACUUCUCUCCAUGUCACCCUGUUAAGUGUACUACCAUCUCUGCAGCUGUUAUUCUCAAGGUCCCCCACUCCCGAUUCUCUUAGAUUUCUUCAUACAUAAUUAUCUUUCAUUCUCAUCCACUUCCACUCUGGCCACACGUCCUGCCCAACGCAUCCUCUGUGAUCUUAUGUACCCAGUUAUGAGCGGCUUUCUGGUUAAAUCUCUUUUUCCUUCGUUGUGUCUUCUUCUCCAAACACCUUCAUCUUCAUUUAUGUCGUCAAUGGGACCUGUUAUACUGCGUAAGAUGAUGUUUUCGAAAAGCAGUAGCUCUGCUCUACGUACUCGUUUACUCAGCGUCCAGGUCUUUGCAACAAUAUAGUACGACUGGCCUGAUAACGGUGCUGCAAAUUCUUGAUA